UGGUUCGAAAUGGACCGGUCUUUUUAAACGUUAACUUCUCAGCCCGACGGUUGCGUUUUAAUACUGUGAUACUGGGGAAUAGAGCAACACGCUGGUAAAGAGCUAUUGAAUUGAACUGUUUCGGAGUAGCUGUUGGAGAGACGUGACUAUGGCCGACACAGACUCUGGGGAGACUUCUGGGCUCUACGACUUUGACGCCCCGUCUCAUGUUGUGGACUUCAAGGAGCUUCUGGAUGCAGAAUCCGACGACCAUUGGUUUGACAAACAUGCUGAUGGAGGAGGCCCUCAACUUGUCACCCCUGCAAGACCAGGCCAGCAGCAGAUGGAGGCUGAUCAUUCUGGAGCUUAUGGGGAUAAAGUUGAGAAAGAUGUGAAAUCUGGUCAAAGCCAAGCCAAAUGCAACUCAUCAAACAUGAUCAGCUCCAAGGAGGCCAAAAAAUCAGGCCAGGCGAAGAGGGAGCCUGUCAAAGAGCAUCGUGCACAGCCUUGCAGGAUUUCAAAACGUAAAGAGAUGAUCUGCAGUUCAGCUCCUCCUCCAUUAAAGAGAUCAAAAGGGCUGAGCAGCUCUGAAGAGCUGGAGAUGGAACGCAUCAGGAGCCUGCAGAGGGAAGUUGCUCUGCAACGCAGGAAAAACGAGGCCAGCUACAAAGCUGCUCUGGCUGGCAAUCCACCACCAAAGAAGAUGUUGAUGUCUACAACUGUGCCUAAAAACUUCCACUUCAACACAGAGUCCCGCAUUAAAACACCCGCUUCAUCAAAUGCCUUGCAGAAGGUGGAUUUUAUCAAUCAGCUGCGACAGCCCUCCUCCCCUGCCAAGGCGAGGAAAGGAGCCACGGUGCCCAAACCGUUCAACCUGUCAGCAGGUCACAAGAACUGCAAGGAGGGGCCUGGUGCCUACGUUUCGAUGGCUCAGCAGAUAGAGCAGUUCCAGAAGAAGACCCCCACCCGCUACCACCUGCGCAGCCGCAAGACUCAAGAGAGAGGGCCGUCUCCGCUGAAGGGACAGCACCAGCACCUGCACCUCACCCAGCCUCACUCGCCCCAGCUGAUGACCCGACAGAGAAGCCGCCAAACUUCUGUGAAGAGCAGUGCAGAGCUGGAGGCAGAAGAGCUGGAGAAACUUCAGAAGUUUAAGAUCAAAGCCCUGGAGCUAAACAAGAAGAUUUUGGAAGGCCCCGAAGAGUUGAGGAAGCCAGCAGCGAAGGAGCCCACGGUACCUGAAGAAUUUGAGCUGGAGAUCGAGAAACGACUCCAGGAGAGACAGUUGAACAAGAAGUCGCAGGACGGGGAGAAGCCUCACAGUUUCAAAGCAAACCCCCUGCCCAAGAAGGUCCUGGAUGGUGUUGUGGGCUUACCUGAGAAGAAGGUAACAUGUCCAACUGUACCGGAGUCUCCAGCAUUUGCCCUGAAGAAGAGAGUCCGUAUGGAGCGCAAGGUUGAGGAGGUAAAGCCACCCUCACCAGUCAAAGUCGUCUCCGUCCCCCACUUUGGGGUUCCCUUCCAGCCGCAGCUCCCUGAGAGCCACCAGGUGGAGGUGUGUCCCUUCUCAUUCGAGCAGAGGGACAAGGAGAGACAGGCUCUUAAGGAGAAGAGGCUGGCAGAGUUGCAGAACGAAGAGGUGCCGCACUUCAAGGCCCAGCCACUGCCAGACUUCAACGCAGUGGUCCUCCCUGAGAAGAAGAAGCUGGAGCCCACCAAGCCCGAACCUUUCAGGCUCCACAUCGACGAGCGAGGAGCAGGCAGGCUCAGGCAGUGGGAGCAGAUGGUGAAGGAGGAGCAGAAGCAGCAGGAGGAGGCGGCUACAUUCAAAGCCAGGCCCAACACAGUCACUCACAAAGAACCGUUUCGACCCAAGAAGGAGAACCGAACAUCAGUGGCCCUGGAGCCCUUCCAGUUGGCCACAGAGCGCAGAGCCCAAGAGUGGCAGGAGUACGAGCGUCUGAUUGGUGAAAAAGAGAUGCUGAGGGCGCGCAUGGAGGCAGAGCAGAGGCUGGAGGAAGAGCAGAGAGAGAGGGAGGAGAUUGCAAGGCUGCGACAAGAACAGGUCCACAAGGCUCAGCCCAUCAGACACUAUAAACCUGUCACCGUGAAGAAGAGUGACGCUGUUCUCACAAUCCCCGAGUCGCCAAACUUCUCCAAACGCUUCCGGUAACAAGCAGCAAGAUCCCUUUUUAUGGCAACGGCCUUUGCAAAUAUGUCUUCAGUUUUUAACUGUUGCAAUGGCUGAAACCUGUUUCUGUUUAUAGUUCUACUUGAGCUCUGCUCCAGCUGUUGCUUUAACUAUUCUCUUAUGACUUGCUAGUGAGUUUCUUUGCAAAUCUGUAAUUUGUUUUGGAGAGUUUUUUUUUUGUCUGUUUUUAGGUUUUUGAAAAGUGAGCAUAAACUUCCACAUAUAUUGCAUUUCUGUAAUAAAACUUUUAUUUGAAAUCCUAGCCUGUGUCACUAAAUCCGUAAUACAAAACCUGCAAAAAUGA